GAUAUUGUAAAAAGGUUAUGGAAACAAUAUUUCAUAAAGAUUUCUAUAAUACUUGCGUUAAAAACCAGUUGGUCAUAAUAAUUCAAAUUGUUGUGAAAGGUUCAAUAAUAGAUUUUAUGUCACAUAUUAACACACCUCUCAGACGAAUGUUAUUCAUAUGGAUUUGAAGUUUGUACAUGCAUCAUAUACCAUGUGCAUACCAACGAGGGUCACCGGAAUUUGACAUAAAAUUUCUCAAUCACACAGAAGGUUUUGAUACCAUGUUAAGAACCAGUUGAUCCUAAUAAUUCGAGUUUUUCAAAAUAUUCAAUAAUAAAUCUUAUAUAGCAAAUAUCAUCCACCUAAUUACUAGCUUUUCCAUAUAAAUGCAACUGAUGAUUGUACACCAAAGAACCAGUUCAAGCAAACACAUAAACACUCAUAUCGUCAUAUUCUUCAUCACCACCAAAUUCCAUAACACAGCUUGGCAAGAACUAGUACCACCAAAUUAAGUCAUGGGAUUUGCUAGCUAGACGUGACCAAUUGACAUCCACUUUAUCCAGUACUGUGCGGAUUUCUGAAGUGGCAAAAGUGAUGCUCAGCCAGAGAGAGAGAGAGAGAGCUUUGCUCUGUUUUGGGUGGGAAACAGGGGAAGCAGAGUAGUUGAGGAAAUGAAAGAAAGAAUAUUUUAGCCACAUCGACUGGAACACCUUUAAUCAUAAUAAACAAUGGUGCGUAGUUAGUUAGGGUUUUUGCACGACAUCUUAGCUCAUGCAAAAAUGCUCCCCUUGAGCUUCCAUCAUUUGCCGCAAAAGAAUCCUCCGAUCCCCAUCUUUCCCCAAGAUCCACGUAACUUCUUGUUAUCAACACCAUCAUCAUCAUCAUAUACCAUUGUUCUUUCCUUCAACCUUCUCGGUGUCGUUAAGAUCUCGAUUAACAUUGCCAAGCUAAAUGUGUCAUGUUCGUCAUCUAAGUUGGUCAUUCGUAUCAUGUUUGUCGAUAAAUCUUUAUGGACAACGAAAAAAGUUACACUGAUUAAAACAAUCUCUCGUGAAAAAGAAAGCACUUAUUAGCCAUGAAGAAUGAUGAGAGGUUAUGGAAUAGUUGUUUGUGCUCUUGCAUAUUCUUAUGACAUUCAGUUCAGCAGUCAGCUGACAUUCUAUAUCCAUGAAAAUAGACCAGCUCCAUUCCCAUCAAGAGCAAAAGAAAACAGCUGUAUGUUCAAGAAUGAAGAACUGUGACAGAUUUCUUGCUCAUGCCAUCCCAAAGUCCAUCUUGAUUUACUUUUUGUAUGAUGGGGAGUGUUUAUUCAUCAAGAUGUCAUUUUGAGUAACAAGAGAAAUGAUGCAAUUAAGUGAAGAUGUUUGCAUGUGUUUAAUAUGUAUGUUAUAUGUAUGUAUGUAUAUACAUCUCUCUCAUGCAAGCUCUGCAGUUCACCUACCAAGUUAACUGACAAACAAACCCCAAAACAAAAAGAGAAAAAUUAAAAUUAAAAUUCCCUCCACAUAUAAAGUAAGCACUGCAUCAACAAAGACUCUCAGUUCUGCAAAUUUUCACUUGCAGCUUUGCCUUCUACAACAGUACUCAAAGAAAGACACAACAGAACAUCUUUUGUUUAACCCUUUUCUUUUUUCUUGGCUUUCUUGGGGGAGGUUUGGUUGGCCUUUUCUUCUUCACUUUUGCUGAGGUGGGUUGUUUCAUUUGGUGCAGUUAGCUAUUGCUAUCACCCUCUUGAGUUCAUGUGGGAUUGUUUGCUUUUGGCCCCCCCUUCUAGCUUAUUCCCUUCCCACCAUCAUUCCAGUUUUGGGUCAUUGGUCUUCAGUUUUGCUGAGUUGAAUGAGGCAGAGAGAGAGACAGACAGAGAAGAAGCAAAGCAAGCAAGAGGAAUCAUGAACAUGGUCCAAAACCUUAUGGACAGACUGAGACCCUUAGUGGGUUUUAAAGGCUGGGAUUUCUGUGUUCUCUGGAAGUUGAGUGAUGACCAAAGGUAUCUAGAAUGGAUGGACUGCUGUUGUGGUGGGACUGAUCAAAGUGGUGGGGAAGAGCUUCAAUUCUCUGCUCUUUCUGCAACCCUUCCUUGUAGAGAUGGCAUCUUCCACCAUCCAAGAACCAGUCCUUGUGAACUCCUUUCCCAGCUUCCUACUACAUUGUCCCUCGACGAAUCCGGGAUUCAUGCAGAGGCUUUGAUCUCUAAUAUGGCAAGGUGGUUGAACUUCUCCAACUCUUCAGGGUCAACCCUUCUUGAGAAUUUGAAUCAAUAUGCACAGGAAACUGUUGGAACUAGAGCUUUGAUUCCUGUACCAGGUGCCCUCAUAGAGCUAUUUGUUGCGAAACAAGUUCCUGAAGACCAGGAGGUAAUAGACAUUGUAACCUCACAAUACAGCAUUCUGAUGAGUCAUCAGGAAGCAAUGGAAUCAGCAAAUUUCAUGAUGAACACUGAAGAAAAUCAUGAGCACCAGAAAGAUCAUGAUCAUCACCAAAUCAUCGAUAUGAACCAAUUUCAGCCCCCACCAAUCUCUCCAGCAACUGCAUUGGAGACCUUAAACCUGUCAUCAACCUACGACUUCUCAGCAUCAGUCGAUAGAAUCGGUGGCCUAUGUAGUAGUAGCUCUCCCAUGAACUUGUUGCAGCAUUUCAGCUACACCAAUGACGAUGAGAACAGAACAGCCAAGAGCAAUGGUGGGAUGUUCUUUGAAGGUGAAGAUCAGAAUGGUGGUGGCAUUAACCCCAAGGACAACAACAACACUACCGUCCAUCACAAUCAUCAGGAAGAAGGCGAGUUUGGAGAUUCAUUACUAGCAGGAAAGGAGCAACAAGGGAACAACAACAACAAUGACAACGACUCAAUCAAGCAAGAGAUGAAUGGGAGAUCUGAUUCGGUCUCGGAUUGCAGUGAUCAGAAUGGUGAAGAUGACCAGCAGCAGCAGUUUGGUGGGAGCAAGUUCAGGAGGAAGAAUGGGAAGCCUGAAGCCAAGAACCUUCAAGCUGAGAGAAGGAGAAGGAAGAGGCUUAAUGGCAGGCUCUAUGAUCUUAGAGCCUUGGUUCCAAUGAUCUCCGACCUGAAGAAGGCAUCUAUAAUUGGAGACGCGAUCGAGUUUGUGAAGGAGCUGAAGAGGCAAGCCAAGGAGCUUGAAGAAGAGCUUGAAGCUAACUCAGAUGACGAAGAGCUGUCAAGAAGAAACAGCAGCUGCCACAACAACGUUAACAACAACAACAUCAACAACAACAACAACAUCGGCAGCAGUUUUGGAGCUCAAGUUGUAUUGAACGAGACCGGAGAUGGUGUUAUUCCAAGCUCGGUGAAAGUAGUAGGGAAUCAGGAUUGGGAAACAAGCAACUGCAAUGAGAAAGGACAGCAGCAGCAGCAGCAACAAAUGGAAGUGCAAGUGGAAGUUGCACAAAUAGAUGGGAAUGGUUUCUUUGUGAAAGUGUUCUGUGAGCACAGGCCAGGUGGGUUUGUGAGGUUGCUAGAGGCAUUGGACUCUCUUGGGCUAGAAGUCACCAAUGCCAAUGUGACCAGCUGCAAAUCCCUUGUCUCCAAUGUCUUCAGGGUUCAGAAGAAGGACAGUGAGAUGGUUCAAGCAGACUACGUGAGGGAUUCUUUGCUGGAGCUCACAAGGGAUCCACCACAAAGAACAUGGAGUGAAGUUCAUCAUCACCAGGUCAAAGCUGGGGAUUCUUCUGAGAAUGGCAAUGGGAUGAUGAUGAUGAUGAUGGACCAUGAUCACCUUAUUCAUGACCACCAUCACAACCAAGGACUGGUACUGCAGAAUGGCGGCGGUCAUCUGAUGAACUCCAACCAGCAUUACCUCCACCAGCUCCACGGUUGAGUAGAGAUGACUUUGAUCAAGGGUUUGCUGGUUUUAGUUAGUUAAACAGAUGAUUGGUGACCAAAAUCCUAGUGUAAUGGAUAGUUCAUAGAUAGACUGGAAUGUGGCUAGUACUCGUGACUUUGUUGAGUUUUGGAACUAACUACUUUAGGGUUUAGGUUUACCCCUUUUUUUUUCUUCAUGGAGUAAUUAAUUGCUUCUAGACAAUGUUGUACCCUGCUUAUUUGGCGCAAUCAGCCAUUGAUAUAAGGAUUAAUAUUUAAGCCGUGGAAGAUUGGAUCAAUGCAUACCAGAACUAUGGGUGGUUAGAGGAUUGAUCAUGCGUUUUGGGUUUCCCUAUUAUUUCUGGUUGUUAACGGGGCGGUAUGGACUCCUAACUACCAAUAGAUUACAUGACUCAUA